AUGACUUCCAUGGCUUCAGCUGGCGACACCCCCUCAACCGACUGGUGCUGUUCACCCGACCAUGUAGCCCGUCGCCAACGCUGUGACAACAUUAAGACAAACUCAACAAAACGCUGGUCCAACAAGGAAAUCGAGGCUCAAAACUGCCGUCCAUUGACCCUGACAUCCACCAGCAAUUGCAGGAGCGCCACGACUUCUACGGUAUCUGGACCUUCCACGAACACCUUCCUCAACACGAUGGCUAGCAAUACGCCGCCUCAGCUUUCUACGACGGACUCUUCAACGACAGGCAAUGAUAUAAAAAUGGCUGACAUCGUCAAAGAGGAGAGCCCAGUAGUAUUGACCGAUGAUGAACAAUGUUAG